AAAGUCAAAGAGCAAAAAGUGGAAAAGUGAGUGUUCAGAAUACCAACUACUGGUACUUCACCCAGGCUGGGAGUUUCUCCUGCUGCAGAAGUAAUAUUCUCCGCGGAAUCAGCUACACUUCUGUCGUUGUGCUCGUGCUAAUUGGUAGAUUUUCAGGCGACAGUCUAAUCACUUCACACAGCUCCAGGUAAAGUUGAAAGAAGGACGUAUGUGACACCUGAUUUUAGUUAGUGGAUUGAACCAAUUAUUCAUUUUGCUGAUUCACUUAGUAUCCUGGUACUUCCGUCAAAAGCUAACAGACCACUCGUUCCUACUGAUUGGACUGCGAAGUUUCAAAUUAGUCAAGAAAUCUUUCUGACCUGUUCGGAUUAAGAUUUGUUUGGGAAAGAGUCUAGUUAUCGGUGCACGUGUACUUGUGGAAACCUAGUAGUGCCUGCGCAUCGCAACACUGGGCUGGCAAUGGCCUCUGCCGAUGGCAUAGCGGCCUGUCCGCCGACAUUGCCCUCUAAGAAAGAUGGCCGCGUACCCGUCUGGUUCUGGGACCGCGGCUCAGACUGGUGUCCGUACGAGCCAGCGGCGAGUCAGCUUCUGGAGGCAGCCCACGCCAACUCUAAAACAGCAUCAUCAUCAUCAGCAGCAGCAGUAGCAGGCGCAUCCUCAGCAGCUGCCUCUGCCCCUGUUCAGCCAGCGGUGACCUUUGGACAAUCUUGUCCCGGUCUUCUCGGCUAUGAGGUGGACGUUCUGGCCAUGGUGCAGCGAAACUUAGCCACAGGUACCGCUCGUCAAGUGAAGCGCCGGCUGUGUCGUCAGACCUCAACACUGGUACAGGGCAUACACUGGGAGUUCCAGGAAUAUGGCACCUGGGUUGCCUAUUCUAAAGCUGCAGCUAAAGUCUUAGAGGCAGCCACCUCCAGAGGCGAGACUUCAGUACAGCUGCCGGCACAGCCCAAUGGCCAGUCGUACAAGAUUGAUAUGAACGCCAUGCACCAGACGAAUCUGUCCACGGGAUUCCAGCGGGCUGUCAGACGGAGGCGAGGUCCAUCGUAUAUACCGCAAGGCAGCAAUGCUGGGGUAGCAUCGGCCACAACGAGACCUUCAUCAACUGCAGGUUUGCCAGCAAAGAAACAUUCUGGACAUACAUCUGCACCAGCAAUGCCAGUCUCAACUGCGAGUGUGGCAGUGGCUACAUCAGCUACAGUGUCAGAAGUCGCUGCAACACCAUCGUCAUCGCACGCUGCAGCAGCAGCUUCUGUUGAUCUAGGGUUUUGCAGUGCUGUGGCCGUGGAAGAGAAUAGCACCGAGGAAUGUUCUAUUUGUCUGACGUCACUGGUGGAGUCAUCCUCCUACGAUGAAGAGUCGACUCCCAAUGCCGUGGUAGAGUUGUUGCGGUGCCAUCACUUGUUCCAUUUCCUGUGCCUGAAGACAUUCUGCGAGCAUAAGCAGGAGCAGGCGUCAGGCUUCGCAUGUCCCGUAUGCAAGACUAUACACGGAGUACACACGGGUACACAGCCGCCAGGGACGAUGAGCGUGCAGUACGAGCAGUCCCACCACUGUGCCGGCUAUGAGGACGAUGGCCUCAUCAUCAUCAAGUAUGCCAUACCAUCCGGCGUUCAGGGCCCGGAGCAUCCCAAUCCGGGGAAUCGGUACUCCACGCACGGUUUCCCGCGUGUAUGCUUUCUGCCUCACAAUGCCGACGGAGAGAAGAUCUUGAAGCUGUUGCGCGUGGCGUGGGAACGGCGUCUAAUCUUCACAGUGGGCACGUCGAGCACCAGUGGUGCCAAGGACACGGUGACCUGGAACGAGAUCCACCACAAGACCGAGUACAGCGGUAAUGGCUCGGGACACGGAUAUCCGGAUGCAUCCUACUUUCAUAACGUCACGGCAGAGCUCGCUGCGCAGGGUGUUACGGAGGCAGACUUGCAGGAGUGAUGGCCUGUGUGUGUGUCUCAAAAGGCCAGAGUGAAAGUAAAAACACACGGAGAUAAUGGAAAUGACUGGCUGAUGCUGUUUAGCGUCAUGGUGCAUCAAAGACCUUGGAAUGAGUCAAGUCUCUCUCUCUCUCUCUCUCCCCUCCUUCCCUCCCUCCCUCCCUCCCUCCC